AUGUGCGUCCCUGAUGCAUCAUUCGACUUUGUGGCGCGCAACCAGGGGCUCGUGCGCGGGCUGCCCCUGUGGGGCGGCGCUAUUGGCUUCGCGGGCCUGCUGGCCAACCGAGCCAUCUCAGGGAUUGCGCCCGUCGUCGACGCCAGCAGCAGCCAGUCGCGCGCCGACGUCCUUGGCAUCGUGAUGAGCGCCGUGCUACUGCUGACCGGGCUGCAGUGGCUCUCACUCAAGGCGCGGCCGGUGGAGGCGAUCGCGCAGGACGGGACCAAGGUGGCGUUUUUGGACGCCAAGGCGAAGCUGCCCGAGGCUGCGGCCAAGGAGAUCCAGUGGGCCUGGGAGGCGCUCAGCAGCACGGCACGGGUGACGUCACUGGUCGUCAUCUACCAGGGGCGUAACGUGGCGCACCUCGGCCUGGCGCGCCCGGGCCACGCUGCAGGGGCCGCCAAAGCUGGGGAGGUGGCGGCGAAGGCGAUGGCCUCUGGAAAGGGGAACUACCUGGCAAACCUGAUCUUGUACCCAGGGCGCCUCGAAUUUGUGCAGUACCUUCCAGAGACGACGCAGGGCGCCGUGGUCCAGCCGAUCGGCAGCCAGGGGGUGCUGGUGGUGGGCACAGACACGCAGCGCGGCAUCAGCCGGCUGGACCAGGCGUGGAUAGCCACCAUAGCGGACAAGCUGGAGGUGACGCUAGAGGGCUACACCGCGCCCCAGGGGGGCGUCGGCUUUGGCGGCAAGGGCGGCAGCAGCGCAAAGGCUGUGGCUUGA